AUGUAUGCAACACUGCUAUUUCCGGCGUCGCUUACACCUCUCCGUUUCUGGUUCUCCUCGAACCACGCCACACUUCUCUUGUCAGACGUCCUCGUAAACGAACACCUGAACUUCUUUCUCUCGCUCUCUUCAUCAUUUAAAUGUACCAGCUUUCUCGACUCGAUUCAUCUUUUCCUUGUGGAGAAUGUUUAUUUACUCAUCACUUUAUUCAUUGUUUUUAACAUGUAUUUCUUUUUCUCCCGGCAUUUUAUUUUUGCUAUCAAUAUUUCCUUUACUUUUCUUUUUUUUUUCGUUUCGUUUUCUACAUUUCCUAAUUUUGUACUAUUCUGUUUUUUUUUUUUGUUUAUUUUUAAAUUCUUUUUCUCCAACUUUUAUUUCUUCCUUCCAACAUUUCAUAUAUUUUCAUGUUCUUUCAUUCAAUAUUUUUUAUUCCUUUCGUUCUUGAUUCAUUCAAAUAAUAAUCGUCUCUCUGCUCUAUCCAUUCAUUUUUUGCUUCUCUUUCAUUUUUCUUCAUUUAUUCUUAUUCUCUUUAUUUCUUUCAUAUUUUACAUUCAUUUUAAUCUUCCUUUAAUAUUCUAUUUCUUUUAUUUUGUAUAUAUUUUCGAUUUCUUUCGUUCAGUUUCGUUUAUAUUUUUUUCUUUCUUUCAUUAUUUAUUUAUUUAUUUAUUUAUUUAUUCAGGUUUAAAUUCAUUUAUUUUUGUUUCUUUCUUUUCUUCAUUCGAUAUUUUCCUCCUCCCCUUUUAUUUGUUAUUUCACUUUGAAUCCUUUCUUCAUUUUUAUUAUUAUUGUUUAUAUUUUCUUUUUUUUGUUCAUUUUUUCAUUAAUAAUGUCUGUUCUUCACUUUCCUUUUUUAUUACUAUUUUUCUUUUUUUCUAUUCACAUUUUUCUUUCCUUUUUCUUUUCUUUUCUUUUGUUUAUUCAUUGUUCCGUUUUGUCUGUUAUUGUCCGUUUGGUUAUUUCUUUCUUUAUUUCUUUCUUUUCUUUACUUUCUUCAUUAAUUCUUUUUUUUCUUUUUUCGAUUUCUUUUCCUUCGAGAUUGUAAUUUCUUCUUCUUUUUCUUCUACUUCUUCUAUUUCUUCUUUUUCCUUUUACUUCGUCUUCUUGUGUUUCCUCUUCUUCUUCUUAUGUUUAUCAUUUUCAUUUCCCUUUACCAAUUUUCUUUUUUCGAUUAUUUAUACAUUUCCACUUUUUGUAUCUUUUUCUUGUUUUCCGCUUUUCUUUCUGUUUCUUCGCAUUCUUUUAUUCCAUUUAUUUCUUCUUUUCUUCCUUUCCUUUUUCUAUAUUUAUUUAUUCAUUCGCCUUAAUUUUAUUUAUUUCUCUUUGUUUUUCUUUCUUUCUUUCUUUCUUUCUUUCUUUCUUUCUUUCUUUCUUUUUACUCUUUUCAUUUAUAUUUUCUCCAGUUUUCCAUCUUCCGCUUUUAUUCUCUUUGUUUUUCUUUUUUCCUUCUUUCACACUUUCUUUCUUUCUUUCUUUUUACUCUUUUACUUUUUACUUCAUUGCCAUAUUCACAACGUUUCGGCCUCUAUAUCUCUGGGAUGA